AUGGUAAGUAAUGGAAUCAAAGUUUCAGUGACUUGAGGGGGAGAAAGAACCAGUGGAGGCAGGAGAGGGGACCAGGCACAUCCAGGUGUCAGGCCAAGGUGUCAUGGUCCAAGUGCCUCAGGCCCUUCGAAAGGGGAGAGAGAAAGAGAAAAUAUGAGGGUUAGUGAGAGCAUGGCUACGACCAUUUAUGUGAUAUCAACAGAGAGGUAUAUUUUCUGGGUGAUUUAAAUAUUGACUGGCUUUCAUCAGGCUGCCCACUCGAGAGCGCUUCAAACUGUACCUAGUGCCUGCAAUCUGGUUCAGGUUGUCAAUCAACCUACCAAGGUAGUUACAAACAGCACAGGAAUGAAAUCAUCAACAUGUAUUGAUCACAUCUUUACUAAUACUGCAAAUUUGCUUUAAAGCUGUAUCCAAAUACAUCUGAUGUAGAGAUCACAAUAUAGCAGCCAUAUCUAGGAAAACCAAAGUUCCAAAGGCUGGGCCUAAUAUAGUGUAUAAGAGGUCAUACAAUAUGUUUUGUAGUGAUUCUUAUGUUGUUGAUGUAAAUAUAUUUGUUGGUUCGUGGUGUGUAAUGAGGAGCAACCAGACACUGCACUUGACACAUUUAUGAAAUUGCUUAUCCCAGUUACUAAUAAGCAUGCACCCAUUAACCUCUAUGGGAUUGGUGUCCCGUAUACGGGACGGUUGAGCUAACGUGCGCUAAUGUGAUUAGCAUGACUGUUGUAAGCAACAGCAAACUUUCCAGGACAUAGACAUGUCUUAUAUGCGCAGAAAGCUUAAAUUCUUGUUAAUCUAACUGCACUGUCCAAUUUACAGUAGCUAUUACAGUAAAACAAAUGCCAUGCUAUUGUUUGAGGAGAGUGCACAACAACAGAAAACUUAUCAAGGCAACUGGUUUGAUACAUUCACCUCUGAAGGUAAAUAAUGUACUUACAUUCCGUAAUCUUGCUCUGAUUUGUCAUCCUAAGAGUUCCAGAGAUAUAAUUUAGCAUAGUUUUGUUUGAUAAAAUCAAUUUUUAUAUUAAAAUAUAGGAACUGGGUUCUACAGUUUGAACCCCUGCUGUCUCUGGCUCCACACCCACCCUGCCAUCUAGAUGUGUGAAAUUUAGUGUAUAAGCUAAUGAUCCAUCAUGUAUGACAUUCCUGGGUGUGUGUAAACUUACAUUUUGUAUUACCAUAUCAUUUUUUAUGUUUCUAUAGUUAUGUACUUGAAAAUGUAUCAAUUGACCAAUUCGGCACAUUUGGGCAGACUUGAUACAAAAUAGUCCAGUAUUGCAACACUUCACUGGAUCAAUCUAAAACUUUGCACACACACUGCUGCCAUCUAGUGACCAAAAUCUACAUUGCGCCUAAACUGCAAUAUUAUAUUGUGGCCUUUCUCUUGCAUUUCAAAGAUGAUGGAACAAAAUAGAAAAUGCAUGUUUUUUUGUUUGUAUUAUCUUUUACCAGAUCUAAUGUGUUAUAUUCUCCUACAUUAAUUUCACAUUUUCACAAACUUGUGUUUCCUUUCAAAUGGCAUCAAGAAUAUGCAUAUCCUUGCUUCAGGUCCUGAGCUACACUCAGUUAGAUUUGGGAUGUCAUUUUAGGCAAAAAUUGGAAAAAAAGGACUAAAAACUGUUAAAUCCCCGUGGAUUGAUGAGGAAUUGAAAAAUGGUAUGGUUGAGAGGGAUGGGGCAAAAGGAAUGGCAAGUAAGUCUGGCUGCACAACCGAUUGGCAAAUGUACUGCAAAUGGAGAAAUCAUAUGACUAAACUGAAUAAAAUGAAAAAGAAAUUACACUAUGAAACAAAGAUAAAUGACAAAGAAUGAUAGUAAAAAGCUUUGGAGCACCUUAAAUGAAAUUUUGGGCAAAAAGGCAAACUCAGCUCGAUCAUUCAUUGACUCAUUCAUCACAAAACCCACUGAUAUUGCCAACUAUUUUAAUGAUUUUUUUUAUUGCCAAGAUUAGCAAAUUUAGGCAUGACAUACCAGCAACGAACGCUGACACUACACGUCCAAGUAUAUCUGACCAAAUUAUGAAAGACAAUCAUUGUAAUUUUGAUUUCCGUAAAGUGAGUGUGGAAGAGGUGAAACAUUUAUUGUUGUCUAUCAACAAUGACAAGCCACUGGGGCUGACAACUUGAAUGGAAAAUUACUGAGGAUAAUAGCAUAUGAUAUUGCCACUCCUAUUUGCCAUAUCUUCAAUAUAAGCCUACUAGAAAGUGUGUGCCCUCAGGCCUGGAGGGAAGCAAAAAUCAUUACGCUACCUAAGAACAGUAAAGCCCCCUUUAUUGGCUCAAAUAGCCGACCAAUCAGCCUGUUACCAACCCUUAGUAAAGUCUUGGAAAAAAUUGUGUUUGACCAGAUACAAUGCUAUUUUACAGUAAACAAAUUGACAACAGACUUUCAGCACGCUUAUAGGGAAGGACAUUAAACAAGCACAGGACUUACACAAAUGACUGAUGAUUGGCUGAGAGAAAUUGAUGAUAAAAAGAUUGUGGGGACUGUUUAUUUAGACUUCAGUGCGGCUUUUGACAUUAUCGAUCAUAGUCUGCUGCUGGAAAAACUGAUGUGUUCUGGCUUUACACCCCAUGCUAUAUUGUGGAUAGAGAGUUACCUGUCUAACAGAACACAGAGGGUGUUCUUUAAUGGAAGCCUCUCCAACAUAAUCCAGGUAGAAUCAGGAAUUCCCCAGGGCAGCUGUCUAGGCCCCUUACUUUUUUCAAUCUUUACUAACGACAUGCCACUGGCUUUGAGUAAAGCCAGUGUGUCUAUGUAUGCGGAUGACUCAACACUAUACAUGUCAGCUACUACAGCAACUGAAAUGACUGUAACACUUAACAAAGAGCUGCAGUUAGUUUCAGAAUGGGUGGCAAGGAAUAAGUUAGUCCUAAAUAUUUCUAAAACUAAAAGCAUUGUAUUUGGGACAAAUCAUUCACUAAACCCUAAACCUCAACUAAAUCUUGUAAUAAAUAAUGUGGAAAUCGAGCAAGUUGAGGUGACUAAACUGCUUGGAGUAACCCUGGAUUGUAAACUGUCAUGGUCAAAACAUAUUGAUACAACAGUAGCUAAGAUGGGGAGAAGUCUGUCCAUAAUAAAGUGCACCUCUGCCUUUUUAACAGCACUAUAAACAAGGCAGGUCCUACAGGCCCUAGUUUUGUCGCACCUGGACUACUGUUCAGUCGUGUGGUCAUGCGCCACAAAGAGGGACUUAGGAAAAUUGAAAUUGGCUCAGAACAGGGCAGCAAGGCUGGCCCUUGGAUGUACACAGAGAGCUAACAUUAAUAAUAUGCACGUCAAUCUCUCCUGCCUCAAAGUGGAGGAGAGAUUGACUUCAUCACUACUUGUAUUUGUGAGAGGUAUUGACAUGUUGAAUGCACCGAGCUGUCUGUUUGAACUACUGGCACACAGCUCGGACACCCAUGCAUACCCCACAAGACAUGCCACUAGAGGUCUCUUCACAGUCCCCAAGUCCAGAACAGACUAUGGGAGGCGCACAGUACUGCAUAGAGCCAUGAGUACAUGGAACUCUAUUCCACAUCAAGUAACUCAUGCAAGCAGUAAAAUUUGAUUUAAAAAACAGAUAAAAAUACACCUUAUGGAACAGCAGGGACUGUGAAGCAACACAAACAUAGGCACAGACACAUGCAUACAAACACGCGAUAAUAUACGCACUAUAUACACACAUACACUACUGUUCAAAAGUUUGGGGUCACUUCGAAAUGUCCUUGUUUUAAUUAGCCUUUUAAAAUGAUAAACUUGGAUUAGCAAACACAACGUGCCAUUGGAACACAGGACUGAUGGUUGCUGAUAAUGGGCCUCUGUACGCCUAUGUAGAUAUUCCAUUAAAAAUCAGCCGUUUCCAGCUACAAUAGCCAUUUACAACAUUAACAAUGUCUACACUGUAUUUCUGAUCAAUUUGAUGUUAUUUUAAUGGACAAAAAAAUGCUUUUCUUUCGAAAACAAGGACAUUUCUCCAAACUUUUGAAUGGUAGUGUACAUUUUGUAUUGUAGACAUGUGGUACAGUAGUAGAGUAGGGGCCUGAGGGCACACACUUAAUGUGUUGUGAAAUCUGUUGUGAAUGUAUUGUAAUGUUUUUUAAAUUGUAUAACUGCCUUAAUUUUGUUGGACCCCAGGAUCCAUAAUAAAUACAAAUACACUGGGGAUAGAGAAUAAUCAAUAGUCUUGCUAUGGAUACUGGAUAAUCUGACUAACACACACACACCUGUUUGACCUCGUUGAGUCAAUUCAGGUAGCUUUCAAAGUCCUGCAUUUGUGUUAACCAUGGCAGCCAGCAUUGUCAAUACAAAUAUGUGGAGAAUGAUAAUCAACCUCUGGAUCCUUUCCCAUUCAUGUAUUUUUCAUGUCAGCCAGGCCCACCUUUUAAAAGAAACAACAUUUAAUUCAAUCUCUAGUUGAGUAAAAUAAGUAGUUUUGUUCUGUUCACUAGACAAUCCAGAAAAGUAUGGUAAACAGCGCCAAUUUCAGGCAGAAAACAGAAUGUUAUAUUCUCAACCAGGCCCAUCUUUUAAAAAAUACAAUUUAAUGAUAUAUCUCAUCAAAUCAAAUCAAAUUUUAUUUGUCACAUACACGUGUUUAGCAGAUGUUAUUGCGGGUGUAGCGAAAUGCUUGUGCUUCUAGCUCUGACAGUGCAGUAAUAUCUAACAAGUAAUAUAUAACAAUUUCACAACAUAUACCCAAUUCACACAAAUCUAAGUAAGAAAUUGAAUUUAAGAAUAUUUACAUAUAUGGACAAGCAAUGACAGAGUGGAAUGGACUAAGAUACAGUAGAAUAGUAUAGAAUACAGUAUAUACAUAUGAGAUGAGUAAUGGAAGAUAUCUAAACAUUAUUCAAAUGACUAGUGUUCCAUUUCUUAAAGUGACCAGUGAUUUCAAUAGGCAGCAGCAGCCUCUAAUGUGCUAGUGAUGGCUAUUUAACGGUCUGAUGGCCUUGAAAUAGAAGCUGUUUUUCAUUCUCUCGGUCCCAACUUUGAUGCACCUGUACUGACCUCGCCUUCUGGAUAAUAGCGGGGUGAACAGGCAGUGGCCCGGGUGGUUGAUGUCCUUGAUUAUCUUUUUGGCCUCGACCGGGUGCUGUUGGUGUCCUGGAGGGCGGGUAGUUUGCCCUCUAUUUGAGCAAAAUUAGUAGUUUUGUUGUGAUCACAUGAAAAUCCUAACAAUUCAGGUAAAGUCAGGCAGAAAAAUCUGAAUGUGCUAUCAUAAAGUGAGAACAAUUAUUUUCCCUGGCUGAUAUGGCUUCUACUUAGAAAUACUAUAACAGUAAAUUAACAGAUGACAUUCACUGCUAUAAACCUGUCUCCAAUAUAACCGCAUAGUUUACACAGACCCACCGCGGACCUUUGACAAAUAAAUAUUCGUGUGAAAAGGCGUCCCAUGGUCUGUUUUGUCAAUGAACUCAAUGUAUUCCAAAAACUUGUGAUAACCAGAUGAUCUCAAUAAUUUAGGUAGCCAAGUAAACGAUGCCCCUCUGGUAUUUUAUAUUGUGAACUGUCUGGGACUCGUUCUUGUUUCGCUGUUUACUACUGAAAUAUAUUUUACUUAAGUCAAAGACGAAAUUAAAUGCAAUACACUGGUCUCAACUUGGCUUCACAGAACCAUGGCGGACCCAUUGUAAAAUGAGAGGCUUUUUAUUGUAUUAAAACGUGUCCCCGUCCAACGUACCCAGCUCUUCUUCUUCUUCUUCUUCUUCUUCUUCUUGUGACUGGCCUCACACUCCAGUACAGUAGAUGGCGGUGUGUGCACUUUAAAAGUUGGAUGCGAUCCGCCAACCCAACCCCAAAGAAGUAGAAGAAGCGUUUCCGUUGUAUUUGGUUAGCAGGCUGCAGGGAGACGGGAUGUUGUCUUUCAAAAAGUGAUUGAAAAGGUGUGUACCGUUUUAAAACUGGGUUAUUUAUAAUUGCAUACAUCUAGCUAUCACCAGUCACUCACCCAAACGUUGAAUGUUUUUGUAAAUGUUAGGUAAAGGUAAAGCUGACUCAGGUUGUAAGCCUUUCUUACAAGGUGCUAGAGUUUGCAUAGAGCGUGUUAGCAUUACUAGCUAGCUAAGUUAGCUGGCUUUGCUAGACAGUUGUCUAUUCUUUGUUCGCUAGCUAGUUUUAAUUCUAGUUAGCGCAUGUUUUCAUUAUCCACUGCGUUUGUGAUAACCAGAUACUUUAGCAAGUUGUUUAGAUACGUCAUGCUUAAUAACCCGUGUUAAGGACCAUGUUCUCGAGAUAAGCCUGCGCUUGAUGAGCUGCCCUGCUCAGACCAAGCAAAUAGGCAAGUUAAGUUCAUUAGCUAACUAGCUAGCUAACCAACAGUUUUUGUUAUCACAGCAGCUUAACCACACCACAAUGGGUUAGUUAUUAAAUGUUUAUGGCUAAACGUAGCUAGCUAUCAAAACUCACGUUUUAUUUCUCUAAGCAGAGAAGCACAGAGACUGAGAUGGGUUGUGGCUUUGUUUGGUUUUAUUAUCUAGCUAAUAGGUUUCAGAUUGUCAACAAAAAUUUACUAAAUAUUGUAAAGGCUCAUGCCUGGUGUGUUGUGUUCAGAAUGGCAUGUGUUGUGUUCAGACCGGUGUGUGUUGUGGUUAUCAGAUGUGUCUGCUUGUUUUGUAACGUCAUUGGUUUAUUUUAUUUCCCCAGAUUAUUGUUAAAUUGGUCUCAAGAGCUUGAGUUGGAACAGAAGUGGAUUUGUAAGCGUGUACUAUAGCUAAGUGACAUUUGGCCGAUUUCACCCACACCUUCCCUGUCACGAAAUGAGCAGUACAGUAAGUCCUCACCUUUACACCCCUCUCAUUUUUUUAUGCACUUGGCAAAUGUCAAUUCUGCUGAGCACAUACUUGAACAUUGUGAAAAUUCUGUGCAACUUCCAGCGUGUGUUUACUGUGAACACUGACGCUGUACCUGCUUUAAGUUAGUUUUAACAGUGGCCAAGUAGGCUACUGUGGCUAUUUGAUCACAAUGUGGCCCUACCAGAGUGGCCUACCAUAAAAAAACAAUGGAGAAAAUUCAUCCCAUAACAUUUUAACAUGGAAAUAGCUGUUCUAUCAUUCAGCCUACGGUAGCAGCCAAUGUGUAGUGUUCGUUGUAGGCCUACAUUCCUACCACAGCCAUGUGAUAACCUGCCAAAACCUUCAGUUUUAUUUUCAUUUAUGCUAAGGGCUCUGGUUACUAAGAAUCAGUGCUUUGUCACAGACACAGAGGAAGAGAAGGACUGGAGCCCCCUCAAGUUCCAGACGCACAGCCAAGAGUAGCAGAGUCACCACCACUGUGCCACCUCGUGCAGCAGCCGCUGCUGAGACCAUUGCUGUGCUGGAGAGCAGCAGGACUAGCAGUGAGUACCAAUGGCUUUAUGCCUUUCUCUCUGGUUGAUUAUGGAUAGGUUUCUAACCCUUCUUUUGUCUGUGCAGGUGAGGAGGUGGUGGACUUGACAUGUGAAGGUUCUGAUCCAACUGUGGUUGACUUGACCAACAAUGAUUCUGUGGUGGUGAGUUUGGGAGCUCUCUUUAUGCAAAUAAUGAUGUAUACAUUAGCUGUUUUAAAUGUAUUGAUAAGAAUAAGCUUUUGUCACUGUUUAAAAACUGAAAUGUUGACAUUUUAUGUUUCAAUUUUCCUCUUUUCCACCACUGCAUGAUUGCGAAUGGGAGACCAGGUUUUCGAUGAAGGUAAUUCAUUGUUUUCCUCAAUCACAGCAAUUAUAUUUAGAUUAACUAUAUGUUUUGACCCUCAGGAAAGUAUUCAUCACUACAUCAAACAUGCAUUUUUCUAACUGUGAGUUUGUCUAUCUGCUAAAUGGCAUAUAUCAGGGCUUCGGGGCAGACGUGGAGCUGGCGGUGAGAGUUACGUGCUGAGCAGUGAUGAGGAGGGGGAUACCAAUGGAGGCCUCAGUGCUGACCUCCUAUCCUCUCUACAGGCCAGCAGUAGUGCCAGGUACUAACUAACAACCUCUCUGACCAUGCUAAUCUCAUCAGAUGACAUAUAAAACUGUAAAAUAAAGAAUAGGGCACAUUAAAGCAUCAAUCUCAUCCAUCCAUUUAUCCACUCAUAAUAUUGGCAUGUGACCACUGAAAUCAUGAUCUUGAGUUGGGUCUCUUCUCUUCUACAGGUCUACCCCAGGUACAGUCAGCUGCCCAGUGUGUAUGGAUGCCUAUGCUGAGGUAAGAGAAGCAUACUUCAUUGUGUGUAAAGGUUCUGUAAUUGCUGUGUAGCAACCAGAAUGUGAAUUUGUCCGCACAACUAAGAGCCCUUUCUCCUCUUCCUCUAGAUCAUUGAAAGUGGGAGACUAGUGGUCUCCACAAAAUGUGGUCACCUGUUCUGCAGUCAGUGCCUCCGCGACUCACUGUCGAGAUCCCACACUUGCCCAACCUGCAGAAAGAAACUCACCCACAAGCAAUACCACCCCAUAUACAUCUGACACCAAACACCCAUGAGAUUCAUCCACUGGUUUCACCCUCUCCAAACCUGUAACACUUUUAAUCAUACCUGACUAUAUCACUGCCCCCUACUGGACAUAAGCAUACCCUUUUCUUUCACAUACACAUCUGACCGAUGUUUCUUCUACAUGACUCACUCUUAUGCCAGCACACAUUCACCUACAUUUUUUGACAGUUCUUCCACCUAUUACUGCUGGUCAUUCAUUUCAUAGUAAUCAGAUCGUUGUGGAUCUCCAUUACCAGUGACCACAACCAAGAAAAUAACUAAGCUCAGAAGCUAUAUUCCCUUUGAUCAGAUACUGUUUGAAUUAAAUGCCACAUUUUAAAUUGUAUUUUCAUUUAGCAACUGUUAUCUUGCGCUUUUUAUUUUUUAAUAUCUUAAGUCACAUGUUGUGUUGAUGGCAAUCACAUGUGAAUGGCACUUAAGUUGCACUAUGCAGAAAUCGCGACAACAUUUCCUGGUUGCUAGCUCUUAAUAGUUUGCCUAAUUUCAGUUUGUGACAA